CAUGACGCUUGCGUUUUCGAUCAAAAGAUUGCACAACCAUGGCAACGCACUCCGGUUCUUUCGUAAUGGCAAAGUCGAGCCUCUCAAGCGACCACAAGUCGUAUGGGUGGCGCUGUCGUCGUUUUCGACUGAGCUUCGGAGGAGUGCUGCGAGGGUUGCGAUUGCUGCGUGACCCUGCCACCCGUCAGAACGCAGUUUGGCUCUAGCGGUUCGUUGUGUAGUGGUGUUUAUGUUCAGACUCGAUCACAUAGCGGAUGCAGUCGUGACGCGAUUCUAAACACCGAAGGCAACACUCGAUGAACAGCUGACGAGUGCGCGUUGCGGACGGUUGCGCGCUCUCACGGCCGAAGAUCUCCCUACGGGCACAAACAAAGCCGUGCGUGCUGUUGCUGGGGUGCUUGCACCACUGUUCCGUGAGCGGUCCACGGCGGGCGACAAAACAUGGCGAUGUGUUGACGGAGAGAGCGGGCCCCCGUCGCUGGUGUCGUCGAACCUUCGGCCGUGACGGAGGGGAAAGCCCGACCGGCCCGCGCCGAAGAGGCACACAAAGGAACCAUCGCGCUCCUGCAGCCGCGUGGGCCGAUGCGUGCCAGGCUGACCGAGCUGCGGCGUGCCAUGAGCUUCUCGGGCAGAGCCAAGGCGACGACGACAACAAAGCCUCCGACGAGCGACCAUGUCGACGUCGUCCCGACCGCGAACGGCGACGUUGCGAGCGACGGCGGCGGCGGUGACAACAAUGCCGAGGUCGCCCUCAUCGACAAGCGGCUACCCCGGGAGCUGCUCCUCAAGAUCUUCUCGUUUCUGGACGUCGUCUCGCUGUGCCGCUGCGCCCAAGUUUCCAAGUCAUGGAACGUCCUCGCGCUCGACGGCAGCAACUGGCAGACAAUCGACCUGUUCGAGUUUCAACGCGACAUCGAGGGCCCCGUCGUGCAGAACAUCGCGAUGCGAUGCGGCGGCUUCCUCCGUCGGCUCGGGCUGCGCGGCUGCCAAAGCGUCGGCGACGCGGCGAUGCAGGCGUUCGCCGCGCGCUGCCGCAACAUCGAGGCCCUGUCGCUGAACGGCUGCCGACGCGUGACGGACGUCACGUGUGAGAGCGUCGGCGCCCAUUGCUCGCGUCUCGUCGACCUGGACGUCGGCUCGUGCGGCCAGCUGACGGACCGCUCGCUGAGAGCCAUCGCGGCCGGUUGCCGCUACCUGGAGCGCCUGGACGUCUCCUGGUCGCAGCAGGUGACGCCCGAUGGCUUCGUCUGCAUCGCGCGCGGCUGCUCGCGGUUGCGUUCCGUGGUCGCCAAGGGGUGCCCGGGCCUCAACGACGCCGCGUGCCAGGCGCUCGGCGAAGGCUGCCGUUCGCUACGUGCCAUCGGCUUCAACGAGUGCGGUGCCGUGACCGACGCCGGCGUCGUGGCGAUCGCGUCGCGCUGCCCGGACCUGGCCUACGUCGGGCUUUCCAACUGCGCCCAGAUCUCGGACGCCGCGCUCCUGGCACUGGCGCAGCACUGCCGUUCUCUGCGGACUCUGGAGGUGGCCGGCUGCUCACGCCUCACCGACGUCGGCUUCCAGGCGCUGGCGCGCAACUGCCCCGCGCUCGAGCGCAUGGACCUCGAAGAGUGCAUUCACAUCACCGACACGACCCUGGUGGCACUCGCGGGCUUCUGCCCGCGCCUGGAGAAGCUGAGCCUGUCUCACUGCGAGCAGCUCACCGACGAGGGCAUACGGCACCUGUCCGCCGGCCUGGAGAAGCUCGUGCUCCUGGAGCUCGACAACUGCCCGCUGGUCUCGGAGGCGUCGCUCGAGCACCUGUCGCGCUGCCCGGCUCUGCGGCGCGUCGACCUCUACGACUGCCAGCUCAUCACGCGCGAGGCGGUGGGCAAGUUCAACGCGCGCAUGCCCCAGCUCCGCAUCCACACGUACUUCCCUCCGCUGCCGCCGCAGCCUCAGAGACAGAACGAAGGCCACGACGCAGCCGCCGACGCUGCCGCAGACCAUGCGGCGCAGCCGUUGCGAGGUCGAUCCGGGACGCAGCCGCGUUAUUGCCGCUGUUGCGUGGUGCUCUGACGGGACUUCCCUCCCACGCCUCGAGGGAGAUGGCAUCGUUUUCGUGUUUUGUUUUUCUGUCUUUCUGGAAAGGUUGUUGCUGUGUCUUGGGCCGCACUUUUCUCGUUGGUCGUUUGGAAGCCACCCGUUGCAAGCAGCGGUCGUGUUUCUCGUUCCCUUUGCUUGUGACCACCGCUUAGUCACUCUACGGUGAGACGAGGAAGUCUGAGCGACUCAGCGAUUAAUUCACCUUGAGGACUCUGCCCAAGCCCGUCGGCCAACAACAGUGAGAGGUUCCAGCACGUUGACCCAAAUUUUGGGUCUCGUCGAUUCGUUGUGAGCAGGCCGCAGUUUGCAUAUCACUGGCGCUUUCCUCUGAAGCAAAGCAUGUACCUUGUCCCCUGAAGCAAAAUGCACCCUGAAUCGAUGCCCGAGUACGUGCCUACCUUAUGAAAGAGCAGGGCAUUUUGCAUUGGGAGAUGGUAUCUGUGCCACUAAGGGUUGAAUAUGUGAAUGCUGUGCCGUCAGCGCUACUGUAAAAGCCCGAACAAGCCACCCCUCUGCUUCCGCUCCAAUAUAGAUCCAAACAGGAAAUGGAUCCCCCAUGCACUAUGAUUUGUAGCACUAUUGGCUGGUAGCAUUUGCAGUUCUUUGCUUCACUUGUUUUUGCUGAGCGGAUUGCUCCCUUAAUGUGUAAAUGCUACACCGUGGGUAUGAGCAAAAGCCCACCAUUAACCAACAGACACCACGUGUGAUGAGUCUUAUGUCAUCUUUCACUCGUCAUAUGGACGUGGCAACCAAGCUGUAGUAUAAACAGCACUGAGGUUAUUGAGGCACUUUUUUGUUAGAUCUCUCAGAUCACAUUCUCAAAGAAUGACCGUUUCUCUGUGACAAGUGAGAAAGGAGUUUGUGGAUAGAGAUUUUUUCGAGCUUUUAGGUGUGUGGCAGAUUGGAGCCAAUUUCCAUCAUUGACCCAUCUAUUUGCGAAAAGAAGGGGCAGCGAGGUAAGAGGCACAAUUUGAACAGCGGGUUUGUUGCUUUUAUCCUUUCAUAUUUGUCUGGUGUUUUGGAGCAGAGGGCCAGUACAGUUGCUUCUGCCAUGUUGAUUGUAGAAAUCUGAGUUAUGCGUCUUGAGUUCGCAGAUUCUUGACAGAGAUACUUGGCUUGGUUCUUGGAGGCUUCGCUGGGUUGCAGGUCCCUGUUUGGCAUGCUUUCUUGUAUAUGCUGAGUCAUCGUUUUCACAGUUCUCGCUCUUCGGUGACUUGUUCGAAUGGAGCUGGCGAUUUACUAGCUUGAGGCUUGCUUCUUUGAAUAACUUGCGUUUUAGCCUUCCAAUUACAGUGCUAUUGAUGUCGUACCGAGAGUUAUGUCUGCUGCUUGUUUUGGAGUUUGUUUGCAAUUUAGUCUUAUUAUCCCCGGUACCUGUUCUAUUGUUAUUUAACGUAGGUGCUCAGCUUUGACUGUUAUGCCGAUGCGAUAGUGACAGUAAACCAUGCACUGUGCCCUUUUGUGUGUCAGUGCUUAGACCAAAGCUUUUGUACGAGUCUUCAGGGCAUGCUGCUUAUGUCGAUUGUUUUCAUUUAUAUUAGCACAUUAUAAGACUGCGCUGUAUGUUGUUUAACCCCUAAUGGCAAGACCACAAUAGACUUGCAGACCCUUGCGGGGUUCUUGGUGCCUUUGAUCACUUGUGUUGCGUGGCUUGUCUCAGGGAACUUGGUUGGUUUGAGACAUAACAAGCGAGUGUUAGGCGACAUGACUUUUGAACAGGCUGUUGUUUCAAAGUCGAAAGCUUGUAGGAGAACUUUUUUAAGUGUCCUUAAUACCAUGUUGCGCAGUAUAGUUUAUGCUACGUAAACUGUGGCAGUUUUCUUUUAUUGUCGUAGUUUACAGUGUCUAUUUCUUUUCUAAUAGGUUUCUUAAAAAUUGAAUUUGUUUACUGUUCUUUUCAUGGGGGCCGUGCAAGCACUGGCUUUGUUCACCUUGCCUUUUGUAUUGCUAUGCGUAUUGCUCGCAAGUUAGUCAGUGUACACACAUCUCAUUUUGAAACACAGCACCAGUGCGAUUCGGUGAUGGCACAGUGAACCAUUAUCAUUGUGAAUGCCGGCUGUGUUUAUUGAGUACAUCCCAAGCCCUUCGAAUGCUUGGCAGUCUUGUUGACUACUUUUGUUGCGACACCUUCGGUUUAUUGAUAGUGUAUAAAAUGAAAUUGUACGACGAGUCUCCAGCUUUGUCGGCAACACAUGUGGCAGGUUUUGAUAUGACUUCUUCUUGUUGCUGCGUCCCAUGUUCCUCUGGGUCCCGUUCUUGACUGGUCACCUUCGAGGGUGUCACUUUCAAUGUGCGCAGAUUGGCCAAACUGGUAGAAGCAGUUGUGUUGAAACAUGGGCAGGCGCACGUGUCUUAAGAAUACAUUCUUUUCAUGUGUUGAGAGCGCCACCUCUGCACAUUUUAUUCCUCCAUAAAUAGGCAGGGCCGUUGAGCUAAACGUUGACUGUUAUUAUCCUUUUUUGACAGCCUCUCAUUAAUACAGCAGUCCUAGACAUUUGUGAAGUGUUCCUUUGAAAAUGGACCAGUGUUUAAUCUCUGUGAUCAUUUAGUGUGUUGCUGUCAACUUCCUUGUUGGGGUGCUGCUACUUGCAUGCAUGAAGUUUCACACUACAAAUACUAAAAGGAGAUCCAGUUGGAAGUUUCUUAAGUGCUCCAACAAAAUGCCAACUUAAGUAGCAUGAGAAUGAUUGGCUGUGCAUGGAUUUUUGUCAAACUUUACCCUUAUGGCUUCCUAUGUUAACCUUUUUUUUUUUUUUGUGGCUGCUGUCAUUAUGAUAUAGUUCCGUAUCAACCAUUAGUCACAUUAACCCCCCCCCCCCCCCACCCUUUUUUUUUUUCACCAUAAAUUUGGACAUUAUUUAGAAUUUGGUAAAUGAUGGGAAUUAUUCAGAAUAUUGAAAGCGGCGGCCCAUUGCGAGUGUUGCAGCCUAAGUACAAUGUUUCUCGGCACAACACAACCUAAAUUACCAUCCUUUAUUUAAGCACUCCAAAUUUAUUAAUGAAAUUAAUUGUUAUUGUGAAACACAACAUGUAAGACACGCGUUGACCACAACAAUAGUCAUGGCGCUGUUUGGCCGCAGACAACACGAGAGCCACAGUGUGAUUUUUUUUUUUUCAUCAGACCUGCAUUGAUGCAUAAAAAUAUCUAUGUACAGCCCGUAAUUUUUGUGGUGAUUGGUACAAUGUGAACCUCCAGACUUUCUUCUUGUAGUGUUUGUAUGAAACACUGCGCUUGUGUGAGCCUCUGUAUCCUCAGCCUAAGCAAAACAGGUUAUUAUUGUGCUUGCUUGGCUAUUUAUCUUGUUGCUUAUUUCGCUCAGCGUGCAUGUGUGUGUGUGAGAGAGAAAGAAAGAAAGGCAGAGUCUCUGUGAACUGUUGUAAGAGCAUAGGAAAAAAACAAGGUAGUGGAACAUCUUCACUGCUCGAAGCGCUAUGGCGUCAUUCUGGGUUUCUGCGUUGUGGCCUCACACCUGAUCGUUUUAUCUAGUGCCUGUGCUAGCGGUCACGUGCCUUUGCCGAGUGUUGCAAGGUCUUGUUUACAUUGACAGAGGCACUCUCGAGGUUGUGAGGGAGAGAGCUAAGCCUUUGAAGGAAGGCCGGCCGUAAUUCUCAGCUCGUUGCAUACCUGCAUACCUACGGUUCCUUUUGAGUGGCGCCCAACGUCGUGAAGAUGUGUCGCUUCUCUGUGUUGCGCAAUUGCGACGUGGCUCCGAGCAGCGGCGUUUCAUCAGGAUGACUCAUUCGGAUUUCUUAUGCCACGUUCAUUCUUCUUGGUCAUUGCACUUCUGAACGUGUGUUUUUUUUUUUUUUUUUUUUUUUUUUUUUUUGAUGUGGCAGGCUUACGCACCAAGACCUUGUGGGUUGCUCCUUUGUUCGGAGUUCAUUGCCUCUGUGACUAGUAGUUUGAAACUCGGUGCACAGAAAGUUCACACCAGAGUUCAUUGAUCUCGCUUGUCCAUUCACUCUAUCGUGCUGACCUGUCAGUUUGCAACUUUGUUUUGAGCGUGCAAACAAAGCUUUCAUCAUCUUUAAACAAAAAAGAUACGCAACUGCGAAGGAAAGGAAGUGUUGGAAAAUCUAGGUUUCCUGUUUCCAAACAUUCUACUCGCAAAGCCCUUGUCCAUUUUUUUUUCCCCCCUUUUUUACUUCUGUUUAUCCCUCUGGCCAGUGGUGCUCUCCAAAGUCCAAGGUUGGAUAGGCUGCUGAUAGUGUUAUCCAUGGUGAGAUAGCGACAAUUGCUGCGUGGUGUGGUUGUUCCUGUCAGAGAUCCCUCUUGUGUGGGGUUUUGCCGUGUCCGUUCACUGUUUGUUCUGGAGACUAAUUUCUGUCAGGGCUUCCUGAUGGUUUUUCUAGCUUUCUUUUUUUUUUUUUUAGCCAUGUAUUGGCAUGGGUGUCGAUUUAUUCAGAGCCAGAACGGUGGCCGGGAGUUGGCUCGCGCAUUCCGAGUGCAUUCCGCGGGCCUUGUGUCCAUGGUGUGCACUGAAUGCUGCCUUGGAAUUUGUGUAACUUGAUUCGCCUGCUGCUUACCUUCUCGUUGGUAGGGCUGUCUUGCUGCAUUACGCUUCACGAAAUUUUUGUGUGAUCUCCGGUGAGGAAGUGAAGCUCACUAGGGGGGGACUCUAAUGACCAAAGUAAGCAGCUCAUUCCUUCUGUGUUUACCGUCGUCGGUGACUGCUCGAGAACUCGGCAAUGUGUGUCCUUCACCCUGAACUUGUAUACCUGCGUCAGCAAUUCGCUUCUUUAGAUUUUCUCUUCCCUCAUCUCACUAUCCUCAUCUUUGCCUCACACAGGGGCUACAGAGAUGCGAAGGUCCUUGCCUAAGCUCGGAGGAAGGGGUGUUUGUUCGUGAGGUACAAAGUGAUGCCCUUGUCUGCGAUGGAACUAAUGCAGCAGUCUGUCUCGGUAAAUCUUCUGAGCUGCGCUGUCCACCAGCUUCUUGAUCUCUUGAUCAGGAUGACCCCUCACCUUGACCUAUUUUCAAAGCUCACUAUAUUUCUGCGAAUGCAACCUAUCCUCUUGUGCCCUGCCCGCUCAUCUUGGCUCUUUGUGUGUGUGUCGUGUUGUGCCCUCAGCUGAGGCACCUGUAAUCAGUAAAGGUUCAUUCACAUGACAGAUGAAAUAGCUCAUUCAGUUCCUGGGUGGAGUGUUAAUGUAGCUCACCGGCACCGAAUUGUGAUGUCGGAGCGUCGGCAAUCAGCGAAAAGAGAGCGAAGGGAGGAAAAACCAAGCGUAGCACACUUUUGUGGGAAGUGUCUGUCCUGCAUUCUCGGCCUGUCACUGACGAUUUAGUUGUCUCGACAGCACCGUGCUUGUCUCGCUUGUGCCUUAGAAAAAUGUGAUGUACGUCGGACUCGGCAGUAGGCAUUUGUGCGUUGUACUCAACAGCUCAGAGCUUCGCUUGCUGCGUGGGCUGCACUCUGCUGCAGCCGUAGUUAGUGCCUUCCGGUGAUCCAGCUCACGGUAGACGGAGCUUGUGGUGCCUGUGUUUCCCGUCUGCUGUGUGCUCUAGUUGGUGGAUGUCUUCUCUUCCACGUAUUGUCAAUGUGUGCACGUGUGUGUGUUUGUAAUACCGGUAUCUACAUUCACUUGGGUUGGUGCUCAAAGUGGUUCAUGGCCUGUGCCAUUGUCAAGUUUAGUGCCCAAAGGUAUUUAUAGGGGAUUGCGAUGUGUUACUCUAGGAGAUGGUGUGAUGUGUAGCGGAAAUCACUUAGAGGAUGUUGUUUCUGCGGACAGCUUUCUUCUUUCUCAUUUUUUAAAUGGAAUAAUUUUGAAUCUUUCUCUGUGUGUGUUGGUACAGAUUGCAGGUACAGGAUGAAAAUUAUUGUGGGUCCUGUUUCGCAUACUCCUGUAAGCUGGUUGAUUAGCCAGUUGUUGCUGACUGACAAGCGAAUAACAAUCUACUAAUGCAGACUUCUGCUGGCGUAGAACUGUUAUUGGUAGUUCAUUUUCCAAGUUUUUGAUGUAUGCUGAAGCCAUUCGUGGCAGGUUCGAUGCUAUUUCUCAUGUUUGACACUGCAUUAUUAUCGCACUUUAAAAAAUAUUUCUGCACAUCUGAUUGUAGUGAAGGUAACGUACGACUUCCGAAAUUCUGCACUCAGGUUGCCUUCCAUUGCUACAUGCAUGCAAUAGGAUUGUCCAGUGUAAAACAAGAAAAUCCUGGCUACUGAGUUGUAAGCAUAAUUGUUCUUGCUAUAGGAGGAAGCUUGCUUAAAACUGUACUUGAAAUAUUUCGCAUCUGCCUUAAUCUCAAAUCUUUCAGUCAUCGUCGGAGCAAAGAGUGCAGUACCGACUUGUGUUGUGGCAUUUUGUCGCACUUUAUUUCUGUUGAGUUGGCGAAAUAGGCAUGUAUGUGUGAACAAUGCCUUAAAAAAAAAAAAUGCAGCGCUGUUAUGCCCGGUGAAAAUGCUACAGUGACUACAACCUUACCACUUUUAAUAGACCCUUUUCAUACUUGUAAAGCUAGCUUUCCUGCGAGGCAGUUUGCCCAACUGAUGGCAACAUAGUCACUUUCACAAACAGUGUGUACGAGCACAGUUUGCCUGUAUGGCAAACAAACAUUGAAAAUGUAGGCGCGACUCUCAUAAUGAAACCAUGAGUAAGUGACAAGUUCCAGCGUAAGCAGCUAGCACUUUGUCUUUAUUUGAACGAGGACUUUAGCGAGGCAAAUGUACAGUGCACUGAAGCGCACUUGCGAAUAAUAAAAAGGGGUCUACGCUGGAUUCUGAAAAGCACCAAAAAGUCGCGAACGUCUCGUUUUCAAGCCAUGGCAAAUCUCUGCUUCUCGCAUCCAUUCUUUUCUUUUUUUAAAAUUUUGAUAAGCACAUUUGUCACGCAAUGAAGCGAAUGUGCUGAGCUCUUGCUUUAGUAAAGUGCCUGUGACAUUGCAUGACUGGCCAUGUACUAGUUAAGUACCCUCACUGCGCCAGCACUUAAGGUGCUUAGUGUUUUUAACACCUAUUGAGCAGUGCCACACAGUUGAACACAAUGAUGUUAAUUGUAAUGAAAAUUGAAGGAGUUUGUGACGACUCGUUUGCCCACAAUAUAGGUACUCUUGCACCUGUUAGCUGCUAAUCGGUGUAAUUAUUUUAUGUAAACGUCAUCUUAUUAAGUAACAAAGAAUUUACUAACAGCUUUCAGUAAGAAGCACUGCUUUGUGUAGAAGAGCACGUCCUAGUGUAAAUUUUGGGAUCUUUUCUACUGACACCGUCUAUGCUGACCUGAUCGAGUUUGCCAAGCAACAUUUCCAAUUAACAAAAGCACAAGUGACGCUGCUGUGUGAAAAAUAAUUUUUCACGCCACAUUUCAGGUGCUCUUAGCUCACAAUGGUGUCAUAUUCUGGUGUAUACCUGCAACCAGCAUCUGGGCCUUGUCAUCACCAUUUUAAGACAUUAAAUGACAUUUGCGGAGUGUGGAGUUUUUUUCAUGGGCUUGAAAAAUGGUAGGAUUAGGGAACGAUGUGGUCAGAAGGACCUUUCACCUGAGUAGCAGGGAUGUUCCGCGAUAUGUUAAACUCCUUUUGUCAGUACAAAAAAUGUAUGCACUGACGUGCUCUCUUCUGGUAUAAACGUGAGGGGGGGAAAAAACUCUGCACGAUUUCCUACAUGUUUUCGUAGCUCAGGUAUUGUCCAAUUGUUAGUCUGUGGUAAUGUUAGCCACAAUUGGGCUCAUUCAUUCCAGUGGAAAAGCUUCUAGUAGUAAAAAAAAAAAACAUUGUGUGCACCAAUGGCAUGUUUUCUAAGAUCGCUUUUUCUUUUAAUCUAUUUUGCUACAUAGGUAUUUACUAUUAAUAGUUGCCCAGUUUGUCUAUUUGAAAAAAAAAAAAUUACGUACUGCUGGCCAUCUGCAUGCGCAGCCAUUGACAGAAACAUUUCAGCAGGGGUUGUGUAGUGUUAGUACUGUCACCAGAGGACCCUGUUGAUGCUGUGUGUGCUGCUCGUUCCUUUUAUCAAGUGUAGGUAGACUGCAUCGAACAUAACUGCCAAGCAGUUACAUUUGCUGGGAAAAUGGCGGGACGAGACAGGUGCAUUCAGUCACCUUGCAUCACGGUGAAAACAACAUUUUUGAUCUCCCAGCACUGUUUUCAGAUUCACUGCCGUGCACUCGUGCCGCUUAUUUCCUGAAAAGAUUCUGCGACGACCCUUAGUGGUAGCCUGUUGCACAUUGACAGCGUGAACAUCAAAGUAGUACGUGGCAGUCUUGUGAAACCUGUGAUUAAGUGCCUUCGUGUUCUUUCUCCUGCGACUUUUGUGUUUUUUUUUUUUUUUUCUCGUCGUGGUGGCCGCAGUCACUUUUAUUUCUCUUGAAACGCACAUCAUCUUCCUCAACGAGCGAGAUGAGCUAGACGUGUUUUUGAACCAAAUGCUGUGCUGAUCAAUAAAGGGCACCUGUUUCUUUUCUUCGA